UGUUUCCCUGGGCGAGAUAUUCGAAUUUGUGCGCGCCUGACCACCGAUAACACCACUAUCGAGUCCACCUCGAGUGCAGACACAAGACCCACAGCAUGGGCUUGUUUCCCAAGUACCUCGGCCUUCGUGGUAACCGACUCAAUGUGGCCAUUGGUGUCAUUGCCGGUUUGGACUUUUUCCUCUUUGGAUAUGAUCAGGGUGUAACGGGUGGCUUACUUACACUGGGGUCCUUCCUACGCCAAUUCCCCGAGCUCAACGUAAACGCUGUUCCAGAAGGCCCUGAGCGUGAUCAUGCUACGAACAUCCAAGGUAUCUCGGUCGCGUCCUACAACGUCGGUUGCCUCUUCGGUGCUAUCGCGUGUAUCUGGAUUGGAGAUAUGCUUGGUCGCCGAAAGACCAUCUUCCUCGGUUCCACAAUCAUGGUCAUCGGUGCUGCAUUACAAUGCUCUGCAUUCGCACUGCCACAUUUGAUUAUUGGCCGCAUCAUUACAGGUCUUGGGAAUGGUCUAAACACAUCCACCGUCCCAACUUGGCAAUCUGAGACGUCCAAGAGCCACAAACGAGGGCAGAUGGUGAUGAUCGAAGGCGCUCUCAUUACAGGAGGUAUCUGCUUGAGUUACUGGAUAGACUACGGCUUCUCUUACCUCGAGCCUAGUUCAAUCUCGUGGCGAUUUCCGCUUGGGUUCCAGAUCGUUUUUGCUCUCUUAAUCCUCGUCUUCAUUCUCGAGCUUCCUGAAUCUCCUCGAUGGCUGAUUCUGAAGGGUCACGAAGAGGAAGCUCAAAAUGUGCUGGCAGCCCUUAGCGAUCUUCCAGCUGACGACCCGUACAUCCAGACUGAGUUCGUUGCGAUCAAGGAUACUGUCCUUGAGAUGGCUAGCGCUGGUUUCAAGGAUGUGUUUACCAUGGACCGCGAUCGCCAUUUCCAUCGCGCGGCUUUGGGCUACGUUAACCAGAUGUUCCAGCAAAUAUCAGGAAUAAAUCUAAUAUCUUACUUCGCUAGUUACAUUUACGAAAAUCAGAUUGGGCUUUCGCCAUCACUCGCUCGUUUGUUGGCUGCUUGCAAUGGCACUGAAUACUUUGCGGCGUCCUGGAUCCCAGUCUUCACGGUGGAGAAGUUUGGCCGUCGACAGCUCAUGCUGUUCGGUUCCGUUGGCAUGGCUGGCACUAUGGCGAUCCUUGCUGGAACUGCGAGUCUGCCAGGGAGUGGUCCAGGUAUUGUGACUGUCGUUCUUCUAUUCGUCUUCAAUACCUUCUUCGCCAUCGGCUGGCUUGGGAUGACAUGGCUGUACCCUGCCGAAAUCGUGCCUCUUCGCAUCAGAGCCCCCUCAAAUGCAUUAAGUACUUCAGCGAACUGGGCCUUCAACUUCAUGGUUGUCAUGAUAACACCGAUCUCCUUCAACUCCAUAGGCUACCAGACCUAUAUUAUCUUUGCUGCCAUAAAUGCUGCUAUUAUCCCUUGUGUCUACUUCUUCUAUCCCGAAACCAUGGGCCGCUCCCUCGAAGAAAUGGACGCCAUCUUCCACAAGUCUAAAUCUGUCUUUGACGUUGUUGCCAUUGCACGCAAUGAACCGCGCCGCUAUGGUAAGAAAGGCGAGUUGCUUAUCAACUACGAGGAGACAGAGGAGUUCCAGGCACAACAGCGCAGGCGCAGUAGUGUUAUUGGUGGUAGCGGUGCGGAUCGUGAGAAGCAGCACGUGUAACAGAAGGAGGGGUCUGAUAAUUCUGUAUGAAGAUGCAAUGACCAGGCGUUUUUGAAUGGGCUGUCAUGUUCUGCGUUGCCGGCUUGAGCCCUCUUGCGAUGUUUUGAAGUUCAGGGCGCACUAUGUUUUGUUGAUAGUAGCUACGAGAUGUAGCAUGCCGAAUAUACCCC